CGAUAUUGAUAGCAUAAAGACAUUUUUAGUCAAAUAAAUAUAUUCAUUUACCCCCUGAGGAUAAAAAAGUUACCUGUAAAUAGCCUAUCCCAACGUGUCAAAUAAAUGUAAUAGCGUGCUCUUGCCUGAACAGUGCAGCUGCCUGAGCCUAUAACAUUAUUAUCAUUGUUAUUACACCCGGAUUCACAGCUUAUUCCAAGCAUUAGAGGUGGAGAUGUUGGGAAAACAUUUUCUCUGGAUUUAUCUCAUUUCGGUGUCUUUUACGUUAUUUUUCACUGAAGAGCUGAAGAGGGAUGGACAUAAACAACAUGAAAAUUAUUCAGUUUGGAGCCAAGGGAAACCCAGGAGACUGUUUGCCAGGAGAAAGAUUUCACCCCACCAGGGACAACACUGUGUUGCAAAACACAAGCCUGAGCCUGCAGCUCCUGCCCAGCGGUGUGGUCGUCUGAUGGAGAGCUGUCUCUAUCAUACCCCCUGCUGUGACCCCUGUGCCUCUUGCCGCUGUCGCCUCUUCAACACCGUCUGCCACUGCUUGAGACUGGGCCUACACUGUCCCAAGAAGACCUAG